GCAGACCCAAAGACGAAGCGAUGGAGAUUGCGGGCGAGGAUGUCAUCCGGCUCAUGCAGCAGUUCCUGCGCGAGCACAAGCUGUACGAGACGCUGCACACGCUCCAGCGCGAGAGCCAAGUGACGCUGAACGCCGUCGACUCGGCGGAUGCGCUCCUGAGUGACAUCACCUUUGGCAAGUGGGACCGCGUUUUGCUGCAGACGCAGCACCUGCACCUGCCGACGCCCGUCAUGGUCGACCUCUACGAGCAGAUCGCGCUCGAGAUGGCCGAGCUUGGCGAGUUUAGCGUUGCUAAGGAGCUUCUCACGUUGGCCGCGCCGCUCCAAGCGCUCAAGGAAUCCGAUAUCACGCGCUUCAACCAGCUCGAUCGCCUCACUGCACCACGGGCCACGUUCGACGCCAAAACGGCCUACGCCGGCGCGAGCAAGGAGACCAAGCGUGACGAGCUCGCGCAUCGCAUCAAGAAGCAUGUGACGACGGUGCCGCCCUCGCGGCUCCUGACGCUCCUCGGGCAAGCGCUCAAGUUUCAGCAGCUCAGCGGCGUCCUCCCGUCCGAGCUCGAUCUGUUCCAGAACGCGGCCAAGCGACUCAAGGUGGACCGCACGGAAGAGAAGAUCCAGGCACCCCACGGCAAGAUCAAGUUCAGCAAGGCGUCGUGCCCGCAGACGGCGCAGUUUAGCGCCGACGGUAGCAUGCUCAUCACGGGCACGAAGGAUGGGUUCGUCGAGGCAUGGGACUUUGACAAGUGCGAGCUCAAGAAGGACCUCGAGUACCAAGCGCGGGACGACUUUAUGAUGCACGAAGUGGGCGUGUCGGCCGAGGCGUUUAGCCGCGACGGCGAUCUCCUCGCGACGGCCAGUGUGGACGGCAAGGUCAAGGUGUGGAAGAUCUCGACCGGGCAGUGCCUCCGCCGCUUUGAACACGCGCACGGCAACAGUAUUCACAGCAUUUGCUUCUCGCGCGACGGCACCCAGCUCCUCACCUCGUCCUUCGACCAGCUCGUUCGGCUGCAUGGGCUCAAGUCGGGCCAGACCCUCAAGGAGUUCCACGGCCACGACGGAUACGUCAACCACGCGGUCUUUUCGUCUGAUGCGUCCAAGGUCAUCUCGGCCUCGUGCGACGGCACGCUCAAGAUCUGGGAUGUCAAGAGCGCGUCGUGUGUGGCGACGAUGCGCCCGCCGCACGCCGCCGCCGGUGUCGAGAUGGACGUGCUCAGCGUGCUCACUGUACCGACGCUCAAGGACGCAUUGUUGCUCUGCACCCGUUCCAAAGCGCUACAUUUGAUCAACUUCCACGGCGACUCGCUGCGUGCGUUUGUCGAUCCGUUCGAUGCGAUCGAACCGAAGGGCGACUUUGUCGGCGCCGUGCUCUCGCCGAAAGGCACGUUCCUCUACGGCCUCACGGAGAAGGGCUACGUGCUCUGCUUUGCGCUCGCAAGCGGGACCCUCGAGCACGCGAUGCAGGUCUGCAACGGCGAAGUCUUUGGCAUCGCCCACCACCCGCACCGCAACGUGCUCGCGACGUACGGCAACGAUGGCUACGUGCGUCUCUGGACCGCCGGGAGUUUGGAUUAAUUCAUAAAGAGAACCGCAGCGGGCGACGCCUCUAGGAACAUGGUGAAAACGA